CACGUGGCUAUCAGCGUCGCCGACAUCUCGCUGGAGCUUGGAGAGAUACGGGUGCUCAUCCCCGUCAGUUACAUCUGCUUUACAUCAAGUGUCGAAUCGGCAACCACCACUGUGCUGUUCAGCCUGCGCGACACGCCAUUCCUCCCAUCCCCAGGGCGCAACCGCUUCACGGUCAUUGGCUGCGACACCCUUGGGCUCGUUGGCGGUGUCCAUGGGGACAUGAUCCAGUAUCUCGCCGGUUGCUACUCCUACUACGAAGGCAUCAGUAGUGCAUCAGACGACGGAUCACCGUGCACCGGGACAGGCUGUUGCGAGGCAUCCAUCCCAACCAACCUCACCGCCUUGAAUGUGACGUUCCCAAUUAACAGUAGCAGCGUAUGGGGAUUCAACCCAUGCUUCUAUGCCAUGGUUGCUGAGGUUGGGUGGUACAGCUUCCGGCGCCGUGACCUCAUUGGCCAGCUUGGGUUCGCCACCGAGAGGGCAAAGAACGGUGCACCUUUCAUCGCGAACUGGGCAGUCAGGAACGGAUCGUGCCUGGAGCCAAGAAACUAUGCAUGUGUCAGUACGAAUAGCUACUGCGACAAUACAAGCAAUGGGCAUGGGUACUUGUGCAAGUGCUCCCUGGGUUAUGAGGGCAACGCCUACAUCAACAAUGGCUGUCAAGAUAUAGAUGAAUGCAUGCUGCGUGAGCAGAACCCCAAGUACAAAGAGUUGUAUCCUUGCAGGAAUGGUAUCUGUCGCAACACUCAGGGGGGCUAUAACUGUAAAUGCAAGGGAGGAACAAAAUCUGAUGGCCUAAGUGUUUCCGCCGCUGUGAUGAUAUCGUUGGCAUGCUUUUUGGCUAUGCAAUUACAAAGGAAAAGGCACAAGAAGGAGAAAGAUGAGUAUUUCAAACAAAAUGGAGGGCUCAAGUUGUAUGAUGAGAUGAGAUCAAGGCAGGUCGAUACUGUUUGCAUACUCACUGAAAAAGAGAUCAAGACAGCCACCGACAACUACAAUGAAGAUCGGGUUCUUGGAUGUGGCGGACAUGGGAUGGUCUACAGGGGUACUUUGGAUGGCCAUAGAGAGGUUGCCAUAAAAAAGUCCAAAGUGAUCAACGAUAAUUGCAGGGAUGAGUUUAUAAAUGAGAUCAUAAUCUUGUCACAGAUUAACCACCGGAACAUUGUGAGUGUUGAUCACAACCUGCCUCCAAUUUCCCUGGACCUUCGCCUGAAGAUUUCCACACAAUCAGCAGAAGCUCUUGCUUACUUGCACUCAUCGACAUCUUGCACAAUCCUGCACGGGGAUGUCAAAUCUGCCAACAUUCUUCUGGACAAUCAGUGCAAUGCCAAGGUUGCAGAUUUUGGAGCGUCAGCACUCAAGUCCAUGGACGAAAACUCGUUCAUCAUGCUCGUCCAGGGAACCCUCGGGUAUCUUGACCCCGAAAGCUUCAUCAGCCACCUUCUCACCGACAAGAGUGACGUCUACAGCUUUGGGGUCGUUCUCCUGGAACUGCUGACAAGAAAGAGGGCUCUGUAUGCCGAUAACUCUUCCAAUGAAAAGAAAUCCUUGACCCAUAAUUUUCUCCUUAUGUUUCACCAGCGCAAGCACCGGAGAAUGCUGGACUCUGAGAUUGCAGACGAUGCUGUGGCCAUGGUGGUUGUUGAGAAGCUUGCCGUCCUCGCCGUGCACUGCCUGAGCACGAAAGGAGACGACAGGCCGACGAUGAAGGAAGUAGCAGAGCGCCUGCAGGUGCUUUGGAGACACCAAAUACAUGCAGCCAGUAAUGGCGAAAAUGGUUGUGGCUUUGAUAGCAACUUUGGAGUAUCACCGUCGUCAGUCGUUCUCCCUUUGGAUGAGAUGACAGACGGUAGUUUGGAGAUGCGCAAACUGGUGCUGGCCGUGUAA